AUGGCGGACUGUCCCACGGCUCCUCUGAGCGCAUGGUUCGAUACGGUGGCCGAUAAGAUCCAGUGUCACGUAAAGCACAAUGAGCGCACGCUGGUACAUUGUAAUGCGGGGGUGAGUCGCUCCGCUGCUUUGUGCCUGGUGUAUUUGAUGAAAUAUCACGGGGUCAGUCUGCGAGAGGCGCACGCAUGGAUAAAGAAAUGUCGACCUAUGGCGAGACCCAACUCUGGGUUUUGGAGCCAGUUAAUCCACUACGAGAGCGAACUGCGUGGGAUUGCGUCAGUCCAAAUGGUGUCUUCAUCCAUGGGAGACAUACCAGACAUUUAUGCAGAGGAAACUAGAAACAUGACACCUUUGUGA